CGACGAAGCCACGGUUUUCAGCCUCUUUUCGAUGUCCCCGUUGCCCCAAAACAGACCAAAAAAAUGUCCUUACAUGAAUGCCGAAUAGCAUGAUGGGAUGGUCCGGCAUCCUCGAGCCGCCGGGUACUAUGAUGGGAUGGUCCGGCAUCCUCGAGCCGCCGGAUACUAUGAUGGGAUGGUCCGGCAUCCUCGAGCCGCUGGAUACUAUGAUGGGAUGGUCCGGCAUCCUCGAGCCGUCGGAUACUAUGAUGGGAUGGUCUGGCGUCCCCGGGCCGCCGGAUGAUGCGACCACAUGGUCCGGCUUUGAGGAGUCCGCGGGUGAUGCAAUACGACGAUCCGGCGUCCGUGAGCCGCCGGAUGAUACGAUGGGAUGGCCCGGCGUCCACGAGGCGCCGGGCCAUGUGCUCGCAUGGUCCAUUCUAAAAGGGGACGCUACGCCGAUGAAUGUCGACCGCAAUGCGUCGCACGACAACACAUUAUCGAUUGCGACUUCAUCAGCAGGCGACAGUUCAAAUACACCGGCCCUGGAUCUCAUAAUAUUCGAUAAAAAUAUAUGGGAAAAUGAUAUCGUCAGCAUCGACUCUCGCUAUUUGCACUUUGUCGAAAAUGUCGCACCUGACGGUGAAAUUCUCAUGUCUUGGGUCAUGGGAGGCAACGGCAUCGAGCUUGAUCGUGACGACGACAAAGACUUCUGGUACUUGUACUCAUUGGAGAAAGAAGUCGAUCUAGAGCCCGACGGCGAGGACGGUAUUGAAGACCCUGUUGCACCAACGGAGAUGAUUGACGCGUGGAAAACAUUGUGUAUCAAGCAGCAAUGGUCACAGCAGGACAGGAAACACGCCAAACAAUGUGCUUGGUUUUGCAUCGGAAAAGCGCACCUGCAGUUCCCGAUCUUUGUAGAUUUUAAUGGUCGAAUCCGGGUGUUGAAUCGUAACACCACCGUUGUGACACUUUUCACAGCGGCCAAGGUGAACGAUAAAAAAAUCAACGCGUUGUUCCUUGCUAGAGAGGAGUUUUACAAUGGCACACUUACGUAUCAGGAAGCGUUCAACAGCCCUACACUUGCCGGAUCACUUGGGCGCUUCAAAACUCGAAUAUCCCAUGAUCAUGCUCUAAGGAAAGAGAUCGAAAUGAGGAUAGAAUGCUUAGUGCACAUUCAGGUUCAUUAUCUGUUUGAUAAUUAUGACGAGAUAUGGUGGAACGUCGAACAUCGGGAUGACACGUUAGACGUUAUUCUCGAUAGAAAAAAGUACACACGUGGCGGGAAGAAAGCAGUGACCUUUUCUACGGGUUGGAGCAGAGACGUAUACGACUGUCCGUACUGUGGCAAAUGACACAUUCAUCUCUAGAACUGUCCGUACUGUGGCAAUGGAUAUUCACCACGCACAAAGAAUUAUAAUAGAAGACCACACGGCACGACGUCCUCUAGUUGGCAUGGUUUUGAGGUGCGUUUAGGCUACUACCAAUGCCCUCUAGUGGCAUUGGUUUCUUGUUGGGGUGGUUUUCAUAUGGUUUCGGGUUACUAGUACGCGUGGGUUUCUAGAGGGCAUUGGUUUCUAGUUGGCAUGGUAUUCAGUAAGGUUUCUAGUUGCCACAAUUGUGGUUGAACAAUAUACCCAGUGACUAAGUGUCAAGACCUCAACAAAGGAACAUAUAUCAUACUCCACGUGUAAUGGAGUAAAGUCAGCCUGCAGUU